UCCAAAAUCUCACUAACGAAUUUAUCGAAGGAAAUUCGUAGAGCUAUACAUUGGAAUUGACUCUAGUCCUAGGGGUGAUUCUAGCAGCUCUUGGUCCAAUUCCACUUAUUCUGGUGAUUUCUGGUGGGCCAGUGUCUGGCCCGUUAAUUUUUGCGUGUUGUUGCUACGUCAAGUGGAUCAAUUGAUAUUUGGUAUUCCUAGUGUCUAGUGGGUACACAUCUCCGCAAGUUUUGUUUACAAUGGACAGGUCCAAGCAAGGAUUUCAGUUGUUGUUGGCAGGUAAAUUGAACAUUGUCGUUUUCUCCAUUCAUUAGAAUGUCACAUUCUGCACUUGUUGUAUUCGGUUGCAAGAUUUUAACAUUAGCCUUCUCAUUUGGGAAAUACUCAUGGGUUCAAAAGGCACUAUUGAACUCAAGAUCAAGCUUACAACCUUGUGACACCAGUUCUGAACAAUUCUCCGGAAAAUUAACUGUUUAAAGAGAUCCUAGUCUACUCACAGAAGGAGCUUCGUCUAAGAAUGACAGUUUACUUCGCGAGGUACUUGAUCUCAUUCAAUAACUGCUGGAGUAAUUUUACUUCUUCUCCAUAUUGGACUCCCAUUUAUGGAGUUGCUGCAACUCACUUU